AUGGGCAACUUCAUGCAAAUCACUAGAUGCUUAUUCGCCUCCUUCCUCAUAGCUGGGGUGAUGGCCUAUGGCUUGCAGCGUUCCUGUAUUGCGAUAUUCGCAACAGUCGAUCAUGGUAUUGGAGUUGUACUUGGAGGAACUCCGGUGAGCAUCUGA